UACUAUCACAAUUUACUUAUCGCCUCAUUGGUGAAGGUAUAGUCAAGGGCUUCCACUUGAUCUUGAUAGCACUAGCGUCUCUUAUCGUCAAAUAGAAGUCAGGGAGUAUUUUAGUAUGGGAAGCAGGCCAUUUUAUCAAUUUGUUUAUUGGGUGAAUCCAUGUUUGUGGACCGCCCGCCCAUCCACUUGACUGUCAUCAAGUUCAAUUUAAAUCACGGAGGUUGCUCAAUGGAGGUUGCUUCAGUUCGUUUUUCUCCGCGUUGCCGAGCGGUUGUGCGAUGUGUCCACUUACAACGAUUUUGUUUCUGUUGGUCGGGUUUGUGGCCCUGAUCUAUGUCUUCCUGGUUUGGAACUUUGGCUAUUGGAAGAAGCGGGGGAUCCCCGAGGCCAAAGCAUGGCCUUUUGUGGGCAGUUUCCCCAGCAUGUUUACGCAAAAGCGAAACAUGGUCUAUGAUAUCGAUGACAUCUACAACCAAUAUAAGGACACGGACAAUAUCGUUGGUGUCUACAACACUCGUAAUCCCCAACUCCUCAUAACCAGUCCGGAAUAUAUUCGCAAGAUUUUUGUGAACGACUUCCGCAGCUUCCAUGACAACGAAAUGAGCCAAUUUACCGACAACUCUGGGGACUCAAUCUUGAUCAACAAUCCGUUCAUAUUGAGGGGCGAGGCGUGGAAGGAGAGGCGUGCGGAAGUCACACCCGGACUGUCGGCUCAUCGGAUCAAGGCCGCAUACCCAGUGUCCCAGAGCGUGUGCAUAAAACUGGUGGAUUAUAUCAAGAAACAGCAACGAAUUGCCUCAUCGGAUGGCUUGAAUGCUAAGGAUCUGUGCUUGUGCUACACCACCGAAGUGGUCUCCGACUGUGUCCUGGGCAUCUCUGCACAGAACUUUACUGACACACCCACGCCCGUUGUGGGUAUGAUCAAGCGCGUCUUCGAGCAUUCCUUUGGAUUUUUCUUCUACAUGACCCUGGCCACCAUCUGGCCGCCAAUCCAAAGGUUCUACAGAGUGUCUCUGUUUGCCAAAGACGUUGAAGAAUUCUUCUACGACCUCAUGAAGAAGUGCAUCAACUUGAGGCGGGAGAAUCCCCAGCAGCGGGAGGACUUCCUCAAUUACAUGCUGCAGUUGCAGGAUAAACGGGGUCUAAAUGUGAUGGAGUUGACCUCGCACACGAUGACCUUCCUCACGGACGGAUUCGAGACAACGGCUCAGGUGUUGGCUCAUACUCUACUGUCCCUGGGACGCUAUCCGCGGACGCAGCAAUUGUUGAGAGAGGAAAUCGGCAAGGAUGAACUGACCUUUGAACAGCUGAGUGAACUGCCCUACUUGGAUGCCUGUAUUCAUGAGGCUUUGAGAAUUUUCCCCCCUGGCUUGUCGUCCCGAAAAUUGGUAACCCAGCCCUAUGAGUUCAUCAACAAGAAUGGAGUCAGGGUCCAAGUAAAUCCCGGUGAUGUGGUCAUCCUCCCAACUAAUGCUCUCUAUCACGAUCCCCAAUACUUUGAAGACCCGGAAACAUUCAAGCCUGAGCGCUUCCUAGAGGAAAACGGAGGAAUCAAAAAAUACAAGGACCAAGGUGUUUACUUUGGCUUUGGUGAUGGUCCUCGCAUCUGUCCAGGUAUGCGCUUCGCUCUCACCCAAAUGAAAGCUGCUUUGGUGGAGAUUGUGCGCAACUUUGACAUCAAGGUUAAUCCCAAAACACGAAAGGAUAAUCAGUACGAUGACACCUACUUUAUGGCUGCCUUGAAGGGCGGCGUUCAUCUGGAUUUCGUAGAACGCAAAUGAUUCCCUCU